GCGCGGUGGCGAGUCGCUGAGCCGGCCCGCGGCCCCGAGAGCGGCUGGAGCCGCCGCCGCCGGGUAGGAGGGGCGAGGGCGCCCGGGCCGCCGCCGCCACCGCCACCGCCACCGCCGCCGCCGCCACCGCCGCCACCGCCGGAGCCGCGGGCGAGCUGGGCAACCGCGCCGGCCCGGGCCGGGGCGGGGGGCGCGGGCCGCAGGCCCCUGCUCCGGCCGCCGUUUGCAGACCGUGGGCGCCCGAUGUCGCCUGCGCCCCGCUAGGCUGAAUCUCGGGCCCGGCGAGCCGCCGCCGCCGCCGUCGCCGUCGCCGCCGCCGCCGCCCGAGCCGCGGGCAGGAGUCUCGGGAGCCACCGCCGCCGCCCGGCCGGGCCCCGCCGCCGCCCGCGCGCCCCCGGGCCCCCCGACACACAUGAGAUUCUUCAGGCUCACUUUCAAGUGCUUCGUGGACUGCUUCUGACCGCGCCGCCCCCGCCCUCCCCGACCCCCGGCCCGGCCGCCCCCGGCACCCGGUGGGCCCGCGCCUUCGGGCCCCCCCCCCGCGCCACCGGCGCCCCCCGCCGCCCCUCCGCCCGCCCCCGCGAGGCGCCGCGCCCCCCGGCCCGGCCGCGCGGCCCGCCGGGGCCAUGGCGAAGAAGAGCGCCGAGAACGGCAUCUACAGCGUGUCCGGCGACGAGAAGAAGGGCCCCCUGAUCGCGCCCGGGCCCGACGGGGCCCCGGCCAAGGGCGACGGCCCCGCGGGCCUGGGGGCGCCCGGCGGCCGCCUGGCCGUGCCGCCGCGUGAGACCUGGACGCGCCAGAUGGACUUCAUCAUGUCGUGCGUGGGCUUCGCCGUGGGCCUGGGCAACGUGUGGCGCUUCCCCUACCUGUGCUACAAGAACGGCGGAGGUGUAUUCCUUAUCCCUUAUGUCCUGAUCGCCCUGGUUGGAGGAAUCCCUAUUUUCUUCUUGGAGAUCUCACUGGGCCAGUUCAUGAAGGCCGGCAGCAUCAACGUCUGGAACAUCUGCCCCCUGUUCAAAGGCCUGGGCUACGCCUCCAUGGUGAUCGUCUUCUACUGCAACACCUACUACAUCAUGGUGCUGGCCUGGGGCUUCUAUUACCUGGUGAAGUCCUUCACCACCACACUGCCCUGGGCCACAUGUGGCCAUACCUGGAACACUCCCGACUGUGUGGAGAUCUUCCGCCAUGAAGACUGUGCCAAUGCCAGCCUGGCCAACCUCACAUGUGACCAGCUUGCUGACCGCCGGUCCCCUGUCAUCGAGUUCUGGGAGAACAAAGUCUUGCGGCUCUCCGGGGUGGAGGUGCCAGGGGCCCUCAACUGGGAGGUGACCCUGUGUCUGCUGGCCUGCUGGGUGCUGGUCUACUUCUGUGUCUGGAAGGGCGUCAAGUCAACAGGAAAGAUCGUGUACUUCACCGCUACAUUCCCCUACGUGGUCCUCGUUGUGCUGUUGGUGCGCGGAGUGCUCCUGCCUGGCGCCUUGGAUGGGGUCAUCUACUAUCUCAAGCCUGACUGGUCGAAGCUGGGGUCCCCUCAGGUGUGGAUAGACGCUGGGACCCAGAUUUUCUUUUCUUACGCCAUCGGCCUGGGGGCCCUCACGGCGCUGGGCAGCUACAACCGCUUCAACAACAACUGCUACAAGGACGCCAUCAUCCUGGCACUCCAUCAACAGCGGGACCAGUUUUUUGCUGGCUUUGUGGUCUUCUCCAUCUUGGGCUUCAUGGCCGCGGAGCAGGGCGUGCACAUCUCCAAGGUGGCGGAGUCAGGGCCUGGCCUGGCCUUCAUCGCUUACCCCCGGGCCGUCACGCUGAUGCCUGUGGCCCCGCUCUGGGCUGCCCUGUUUUUCUUCAUGCUGCUGCUGCUUGGCCUGGACAGCCAGUUUGUAGGUGUGGAAGGCUUCAUCACCGGCCUGCUCGACCUCCUCCCGGCCUCCUACUACUUCCGUUUCCAAAGGGAGAUCUCUGUGGCCCUCUGCUGUGCCCUCUGCUUUGUCAUCGACCUCUCCAUGGUGACUGAUGGCGGGAUGUAUGUCUUCCAGCUGUUUGACUAUUACUCGGCCAGCGGCACGACCCUGCUCUGGCAGGCCUUCUGGGAGUGCGUGGUGGUCGCCUGGGUGUAUGGAGCUGACCGGUUCAUGGACGACGUUGCCUGCAUGAUCGGGUACCGACCUUGCCCCUGGAUGAAAUGGUGCUGGUCCUUCUUCACCCCACUGGUCUGCAUGGGCAUCUUCAUCUUCAACGUGGUGUAUUACAAGCCGCUGGUCUACAACAACACCUACGUGUAUCCAUGGUGGGGCGAGGCCAUGGGCUGGGGCUUCGCUCUCUCCUCCAUGCUGUGCGUGCCCCUCCACCUCCUGGGCUGCCUCCUCAGGGCCAAGGGGACCAUGGCUGAGCGCUGGCAGCACCUGACGCAGCCUGUGUGGGGCCUCCACCACUUGGAGUAUAGAGCUCAGGACUCCGACGUCAGGGGCCUGACCACCCUGACCCUGUCCGAGAGCAGCAAGGUGGUGGUGGUAGAGAGCGUCAUGUGACAGGCACCCUGCUUUAGCCCCCCCACCCCUCCAGGGGCUUGCCUUUCCCUGACCGCUUGUGGGGUCUGCCUGGGAGGGCGGGGACGAAGCACCACGAGUGCUACCUAAAAUAACUUUUUUUUCCAUUUUUAAUAAAACGCCCAAAAAUAUCACAACCCACCAAAAAUAGAUGCCUCCCCCGCCCCGCCCCCCAACCAAGCUGGUAGACACGCUGCUUCCCAGGCCCCGCGACCGCCCUCCCCCUGGUGCCCGCCGCAGAGGCAUCUCCCCCCAGCCCCAGCACGCCUGCCUCUCCGGGCUCUCUGCCCGCCGCACCCUCGGGCGGCCCCUCCACCCUAGAGGCGGCAGUGGACAGCUGGGGGUCCGGGCAGCAGAGGAGAGCAAGGGAAGGCGGGGG